UUACCGGUGUCUGAUGUCAGUAGGAAGCGCCAUACAUUUGCAACGUUUUUCUACUGUAAAGUUUUGGAGUCUUACCAAAUGAACACAAGUGCCUUUGAAUUAAUUAUUUAAACACAUACUGGACAAAUGGGGUAACCAACCCAUCUUCUGGAAAGCUACUGAGUGUGCUGGUUUUUACACUAGCCCUACCUGAACUCACUGGAUUUAGCCAAUCCUGACCUCAAGUCAAGAUGGAUGACAUCAACCUACACUACAGGUUCCUGAACUGGAGGAGGAGGAUCAGAGACGUGCGUGCUGUACGCUUUCAGGAGCGCUACAAAAGAAUGCUGAAGAAUGGAGACACACUCAGCUAUCAAGGGAACUCUGAUGAGGUUGGCUGCUAUGUGGCUCCCCGUCCCUUAUCAAAGGGAAACUGCUACUUUGAGGUGACCAUAAUGGACACAGGGGUGAGAGGGACGAUAGCAGUAGGCCUGGUGCCACAGUUCUACAAGCUGGACCAUCAGCCAGGCUGGCUGCCACAGUCUGUAGCCUACCACGCUGAUGACGGCAAGCUGUACGAUGGGAACCCUGUGGGCCAGCAGUUUGGGCCCAAAUGCAACCGUGGUGACAGGAUUGGCUGUGGAAUAUACUGUGAUACCAUCGAGGCUGGGUUGACCACAGUCUUUUUCACCAAGAAUGGCAAAGAGGUGGGCUCGUUGGUGUUCCCUGCAGUGGCGGAGGGCCUGUUCCCAGCAAUCGGGAUGCACUCUCUGGGAGAGGAAGUGAGGCUGGACCUCCAGGCAGAGUGGGACAUGGAGGAGGCCGACAGCAUCAUGAUGGUGGACAGCCACGAGGACGACUGGGGACGUCUCUACGACAUCAGGGUCACUGGCACGCAGCUCCUGGAGUACGUUGGGAAGGGGAAGAGCAUCCUGGACGUUGGUCUGGCCCAGGCCAGGCAGCCCCUCAGCACACGCUGCCACUACUUUGAGGUGGAGAUAGUGGACGCUGGAGAGAAGUGCUACAUCGCCCUGGGCCUGGCCAGAAGGGACUACCCCAAGAACAGACACCCGGGCUGGAGCCAAGGCUCAGUGGCUUAUCACGCAGAUGAUGGGAAGAUCUUCCAUGGUAGUGGGGUUGGGGAGCCGUUUGGUCCUCGCUGUAUCGAGGGUGACAUCAUGGGCUGUGGCAUCAUGUUCCCACGGGACUACAUAUUGGAUGGUGAAGAUGACAUAGAUGAGUGGGACCCGUUGGAGGUGCUGCCAAGGCAGGGCGAGGGGCGCAUCCAGAACAUUCUGUACCUGAAUGAUGAGGAGGAGGAGGAAGAGGGGGGCGAACUGGACCAGGAGCAUGACGGCAGGAAGGUCAUGGUGUUCUUCACACGGAACGGGAAGCUGAUGGGUCGCCGUGAGGUGGUGGUGCCCCCAGGUGGGUUCUACCCCACCGUGGGGAUGCUGAGCAGCGGAGAAAAGGUCAAGGUAGACCUGCACCCCCUCAGUGGAUGAACCUGACCAGCCUGCAUCCUCUUAGUGGAUACGAUGAGUCCAGAAACCGAACACUGCACCCUGUCAUCGCCUGACCAGUGACCACAUCAAGCCUUACUGGGGAUCAGCGUAGUGAAACUAGGGCAGGGAUUCAUUCCAUGGCGUUCUAUAACUGACUUUUAAAGGUAUUUUAUGCUUGAGCGUUUACCAUUUAUUUGAUCUCUGCAAACAUCUGGGAAAAUGCUGUUAAAAGGCAUAUUGUGGUCUGUAUAAAAUGCUACCCUGUAACACAACUUGAAUAGAAUCCCAGCCUUAGUCACAACCAUCAGGACUCACUGUGGCAAAAAUGUAUAUAUACACUGAUGCAGUGAAAUGUGUUGUUUUACAGCGUCAGCAAUAGUAGUUUGGCAAAUUAGGGUGAAGUGCCUUGCUCAAGGGAACAUUUUUUUUUUUCUCACAUUGUUGUCUCGGGUAUUCGAGCCAGCGACUCCUAAAACUACCAUCAGGAUUCACUGUGGCAACAAUACCAUCAGGAUUCACUGUGGCAACAAUACCAUCAGGAUUCACUGUGGCAACAAUACCAUCAGGAUUCACUGUGGCAACAAUACCAUCAGGAUUCACUGUGGCAACAAUACCAUCAGGAUUCACUGUGGCAACAAUACCAUCAGGAUUCACUGUGGCUAAACUAAAGGCUUAGCCUGAGACCGAGUUGUUGGAUAAUUCUGUGCAAUUUGUUGUUUUAUCAUUUUUCAUCAAGCCACAUUUUUUCCCCCUGUCAAAGCAAAUAGUCAGCCCUGCCUGGUCCUGGGCUCUGAAACAGUGGAGCCCCUAAAAUGUCUCUCAUGAAGUCUACUGGCACACUUAGUUGAUUUCAUUUGUCAUGGCCCCAAACAUAGCAAUGCAUGUCCAACAGAGUCCGAGAGCCUGCUGGCAGUUCAUGUUAUAGGCACUAGUGAGUGAGUAGUGCUCUCCUGUGAGCACUGGAAGUUGCUUCCCAAAUGGCACCCUAUCCCUUAAAUAGUGCACUACUUUUGACUUGUGCCCUAUUUGCCCUGGACAAAAAAUUAUGCACUAUAUAGGGAAUGGGGUGACAUUUGGGACGCUGGUAGAUUGUGUGUGUGAUUGAGUGAGUAGUACCCUCCUGUGAGUGCUCACUAACCAGCCUCCUGGAGCUGAGCUGAGCUUGAUAGGCCCCAGAUCUGUUAGUGCUUUAUAGCCAACUCUUAUGGUCAUUGUCAUGCCAAACACAGAUUUGGGACCAGGCUUGACCUGGGCUAGGUGGGAGUAAAAACGAUAUUCUCCAUAUCAAAUGGAUGGAUGGCAUCCUGGUAUCAAGUAACCCCUUAUCAAAGACUGGAAAUUAUGUUAAUGUGUGAUUAUACACGACAUGGUAUGUGGACAAAAGUAUAUGGACAGCCGUUGAAAUGAGUGGAUUUGACUAUUUCAGCCAGAACCGUUGCUGACAGGUGUAUACAAUCGAGCAUACAAUCGAGCCUGCUUCCAACAUUGUGGCAACAGUUU